AUGAUGAAGAAGCUAAACAGCUCUUUCUUAAACCCCUUGAGGCCACCACCUCAGCCUUCACCAACUGCCACGACCCACACUUUCAACGCCAUCAUCAACCGCCUCUCAUCCCAAGGCUCUCACCAAGAAGUCCUUGUUACAUACUCCUCUAUGCUCAAAACCAACACCCCUCCGGACACCUAUACCUUUCCUAAUCUUCUCAAAGCUUGCACCUCCUUAAACCUCUUCCUCUUUGGCCUCUCGUUCCACCAAUGUAUUGUCGUUAAUGGGUUCUCUUUGGAUGCUUACAUUGCUUCUUCUUUGAUAAACUUCUAUGCCAAAUUUGGCCAUGCCCAAAAUGCCCGCAAAGUUUUUGACGUAAUGCCUGAGAGAAAUGUUGUUCCUUGGACUUCCAUUAUCGGAUGCUAUUCGCGUGCCGGAAAUGUUGGCAUUGCGUUCGAUAUGUUCUGUGACAUGCGGCGUGAAGGAAUUCAGCCCAGUUCGGUUACUUUGCUAAGCUUGCUCUCCGGAGUUACGGAGCUUACUUAUUUGCAGUGUUUGCAUGGUUGUGCAGUACUAUAUGGCUUUGAGUCUGAUAUUACUUUACUGAAUUCCAUAUUGAAUGUGUAUGGUAAGUGUGGAAAAGUAGAAGAUGCUAGGGACUUGUUUGAGUAUAUGGAUGGAAGAGACAUAGUUUCGUGGAAUUCCUUAAUUUCAGGCUAUUCCCAGACUGGAAGUAUCAGAGAAGUAUUUCAGCUUUUGCGUAUGAUGAGGGUUGAAGGUAUUCUGCCAGAUAAACAGACAUACGCUUCUGCUGUGUCUGUGGCUGCCACACAGAGUGAUCUUAAAUUGGGAAAGUCUGUGCACGGGCAGAUUUUAAGAACUGGAUUUGAAUUGGAUACCCAUGUCGAAACAGCGCUUAUAGUUAUGUACUUGAAGUGCAGCAAUAUUGAUAUUGCCAUUCAGAUAUUUGAAAGGACUGCAAAUAAGGAUGUGGUUCUGUGGACGGCCGUGAUCUCAGGGCUUGUGCAAAAUGAUUCUGGAGACAGGGCACUAAACGUUUUCAGUCAGAUGCUACAAUCAAGAACAGAGCCAUCUAGUGCUACCAUAGCUAGUGCUCUUGCAGCUUGUGCGCAACUGGGUUCUCUUGAUCUGGGAACCUCAAUUCACGGUUAUGUCUUGAGGCAAGGAAUGAGACUGGAUAUCCCUGCCCAAAACUCCCUUGUUAGCAUGUAUGCAAAGUGUGCACGUUUGGAGCAAAGUCGUGCCGUUUUUGAAAGGAUAGGAAAAAGAGAUUUGGUUUCUUGGAAUGCUAUAGUUGCUGGAUAUGCACAAAACGGGAAUUUACACGAGGCUCUGGUUCUUUUCUCUGAGAUGAGGGCAACCCUUCAGAAGCCCGAUUCAUUAACCGUGGUCUCCCUCCUCCAAGCUUGUGCUUCUCUUGGGGCACUUCAUCAAGGAAAGUGGAUUCACAACUUUACCAUGAGAAGUUGCCUUAGACCAUGCAUCUUGAUAGACACAGCUCUGGUUGACAUGUACUCGAAAUGCGGUGACUUAGACAGAGCUCACAAGUGCUUUGUUGAGAUGUCAAACCAGGAUCUGGUCUCAUGGAGCACAAUUAUUUCUGGUUAUGGCUGCCAUGGAAAAGCAGAGACUGCAUUGAGGAUGUAUUCAGAGUUUCUGCACACUGGAAUGAAACCAAAUCAUGUCAUUUUCCUCUCAAUUCUUUCUGCUUGCAGCCACAAUGGGCUUGUCAAUACAGGUUUGAGCAUAUACCAGUCAAUGACUGAAGAUUUUGGCAUUGCACCGAGCUUGGAACACCGUGCUUGUGUUGUCGAUCUUCUCAGCCGAGCUGGAAGGGUUGAAGAGGCCUAUGACUUCUACAAGAGGGUGUUUCAAGAGCCUGCAGUUGAUGUCUUGGGCAUACUUCUCGAUGCUUGUCGAACCAAGGGCAAUGAGGAACUGGGGAACAUUAUCGCAGAAGAAAUUUUCACGCUGAGACCUGUGGAUGCUGGAAACUACGUGCAACUGGCACAUAGCUAUGCUUCAAUGAACAGAUGGGAUGGCGUUGGUGAGGCAUGGACCCAAAUGAGGUCUCUUGGCUUGAAAAAACUCCCUGGCUGGAGUUUUAUUGAAUUGCAUGGGACUGUCACUACAUUCUUUACGGAUCACAAUACAAAUCCUCAAUAUGACGAUAUGUUGUCAAUACUGAAAAUGUUGAGCUGGGAAAUGAGUAAAUCGAGUAUUGACUUUAUAAACCAGACAGUUGAUUGCUAA